AUGGAACUAAUCCCGCGUCCAGAGCACUUAGUUCCCUACGCAGUAGUUCGCUGCUCUUGGGUUUAUCCUAGUCCCAGUUUCCCCCCAGGCCCUAUCAGUGUUUUCGAUGGUGCCAUUCUAACCACCUGCGUCAAUAGCUCUCAGCCUAUCCUGCCCAUCUCUUCAUAUACUUCAGAUCCUAAUGCCUCAGCUCGAUCCCCAGCUUUUUCAUCAGGGACUCCAAUGCAACAUGGUCUUUGCUCUACUGAGUCUACUACCGGAAUUAAUUGCUUGAUUCAAUCCCCUGCUUCUAGCAGUCCUGCUACUGGAUCAGGCCGGUCAUUGUUGAUGACACCAGGUCAAAUUUCCUCUCCUGUACUCUCUGCUACUGAUUCGGUGAGUCAACUGCAUUCUUUUACACUAAUACUAUACGUUAUUAAUUUUUUCUAA